AUGACGGGAUCACUACAACACUUGGGAUACGAUGAGGAGAAGCUACAGAGAGCGUCGCAGCAGCUGCCCUGCAGGGAGGUCCAGGCCGGGAUGCUGCUGUCCCUCAUGGGACAGCCGCAGCAGUACUGCUAUCCUUCAGUCUUCAUCUACGGGCAUGGAGCCUCAGGGAAGAGUCACGUGUUAAAUGUUUUAAUGAAGGAACUGGAGUUGCCUCACGCCACCGUCAGCUGUGUGGAAUGUGUUUCUGUUUCAUUGCUGUUUGAACAAGUGCUGCUGUCCUUCUUUGGCUGCGAUGCCGCCUCAUCGCUCCCCCGCACUCCCUCCCUGUCUGACUUUGUACGGGUCUACAGACAACAGUCCUCCCAAUCUCCUGCCAAGCAGACGCGAUACAUUAUAAUGGAAAAGGCUGAACUACUGAGAGAUGCCGAGGCCAAUCUCCUCCCUGCUCUCCUUCGCCUUCAGGAACUGGUGGAGGACAACGUCACCGUCAUCCUGCUCAGCGAAAUCGUCUGGGACCAGUUCAGACCGAACACGGGCUGUUUCGAGCCCCUCCUGCUCCACUUUCCUGACUACAGCAAAGGUGAGCUCCAGCAGAUUUUGUCCCAUGACGCUCAUCCUUCUUAUUCAGCUGAGUUCUACUCGUCCUACAUCAACAUCCUGCUGGGAGUCUUUUACUCAGUCUGUCGGGACCUCAGAGAGCUGAGACACCUGGCUGCUCUUAACUUCUCAAAGUUCUGUGAGCCCGUGACAACAGGAAAAGUGAAGGAAACGGAAACGCACAAGUUGUGGAAAAACAUUGAGCCUCACCUGAAAAAAGCCAUGCAGACAGUUUACUUGCGCGAGGUGUCCAGUCUCCAGUGGGAGCAGAUGCAGCAAAUGGAGGAGACUGAGACCGGAGCCAUGAGAGGUUUAUCAGCUCACACUCACGUUGAGCUGCCUUAUUACUCAAAGUUCCUGCUGAUUGCCGCCUAUCUGGCUUCCUACAACCCUGCCCGCACAGAUAAGCGCUUCUUUCUAAAGCACCACGGCAAAAUAAGGAAAACAAACUUCUUGAAGAAAAAUGAAAAGACGAGCAACCACCUCCUGGGACCGAAGCCCUUUUCUCUGGACCGCAUGCUGGCCAUAUUCUACAGCGUGGUGGACAGCCGAGUCGCCCCAACCGCCAGCAUCUUCUCACAGAUCUCCUCUCUGGUGACCUUACAGCUGCUGGCUCAGGUCAGUCAUGACGACCAGCUCGACGGCCCAAAAUACAAGUGCGCCGUUUCUCUGGAUUUCAUACGGGCCAUAUCCAAGACGGUGAACUUCGAUAUUGUGAGGUAUCUGUAUGACUUCCUGUUGCAGUUUUAG